CUCUAGACAUAUUAACAACGCGAAAUUCGUUUUGUAAUAGGUGUAAUACAGUGUUGCCAUUUAAUUGAAUAAAAUUAAAAAAAAUCCAAUAGAAAAUUUUUAAUGCUCAUAUUGUUUAAUUAAAUAAACAAACCAAAAGAAAAAACGAGAGAGUUUUUUCUAUUUUCAAAAGCAAGAAAAAGAGUAAAAAAAAUAUACGAUUUUGUAUAAAAACGUAAAAGAUUUUCCUCCAUCUGGAUUUGUGAGUCUCUAACACCGAGUGUAUGUGUAAAACAGUGAUUUAUAACGAAAUUAUAUGGAAAUUUUCAAAUACGUUUCAAAAGGUAUAUAUACCAAGAAAGAAAAUAAGCAUAAAUAAUAACAAAUUUAAAAUAAAUUAAAAAUUUUAAAUUAUAAACAAAGCAAAUCGUAAAUAAUAUUUAAAGAAAAAUAUCUAAAAACUAAUAUUUGGAUAAGAAAAAAUAAUAAAAUUAAAGAAAAAUAUUAUUAAGAAAUUUCGGUGAAAUAUUUAAAAUUUUUCCUUGGUGCUAAUAACAGUGUGAUAAGGAAUAAUUCAUACAUUUAUGUAGAUUUGAAAUUGGACAAACGAUGCUGUGGAUAUAAAUCACAUAAAACUACCAACAACAGAAUAAAACAACUAAAAUUAUUACCGAAAAAAAAAAAACAACAAACCAAACUAACACCUUUAAAAGUUUUAAACAAAAAAACGAAGAAAAGAAAAUGUGGGCCUAAUAAAUUUAUCAGCGCCUAGACUAUUUCUAUCUAUGCUCCAGAGGAAUUAUGGGAAAGAUGAUGAAGAUUGAUGAAGAUAUUAUGCUAAAAAUGACACAAAACCUAAUUAAAACACAUAAAUAAAUAUCACAUUUUAAAUGAUCAUAACACAAAACGAAAUAAGAACAUUUCCGUUGCCAAGAAAACAAAACGAAAUAUUUACCUUUAACGUAAAACGAAAGGUGAUCAUUAUCUUGUAAUAACAUCAUCACCCGCCCAAAAAAGUAUCAUUUGUAUUAUUAUAAUCACAGAAAUUCUUUACGCUUGCCACAUCAAUCAUCACUGGGAAAUUCUAAAGCAGGAGUUCGUACAAUCGAUCGAUCGUACAACAAGGCGGCAAAUGAGACACACAAACAUUUAUGGAUUUUAAUGAUUUUAACAUCAAACAUUUAAAAUUAGAAAUUUAAAUAUAAAGACAAAAAGAUACAUAUACACAUAUUAUAUUUUUAGAUUUGUAGCCCCAAAAGAAACACAUGUUGCUACAGAUCAUUAGACUAACAAAUCAAACAGCUACAGUAACAACAGCAACAACAACUGCAACAAUAGAGAUUUUCAACUAGAAAUAAAGUUUUGAGAUUUCAUCUUCUUCUCCUUGGGCUGAACAGCAAAAGAGGCGCAUCAUUUGCUGCGUUUCUCCUUGGGCCCAGUGCAUUUGAGUUUUGAAUGGAUUUUCAAUCUUUUUGCUUUUAAGUGGAUUUCCGGUACAACACACCACAACACGACACAAUAACAACAACAACCCAAAAAAAGUAAUAGAAAAACAUUUAUUUUGAGGAUCAUUAAAAGAAAAGUGAAACUUAAAGCAACAUACUUGCAACACAUGUGUCAUAAAUGAAAACGGCAACAAAAAUACCAUGUUGUCAUUAAAAGAGGCACAACCAAAAAACCCUUAAACAAACCCUCUUAAAUUUUACUCAAAAUCACAUUGAGAGAAAUCGAGAGAGCACGUGACAACAAGAGUGCUCAAGGAAUAAGAAAGAGAGCCGAACUAUCACUGAUUGAGUGAACUUUGUUAAAAGGCCUAUUGCCACAUAUAUCACAGAUUGUUGCAUUCAUUUUAUAAACAAACAUCAUGGUGUUAAGAUCGCAAAGUGCAAGACAUAAAACUCCUUUAGGAUACAUUAAUUACUUUUUAAUAUUGGCCGUCGCGUUAAUAUAUAUUACCGUCAUUACAACAACGCCGGUAACGGCUAUGGCUAGACGAUUUUCUCCCUCGGAUGCGAAUGAUUAUGACUAUGGCGGCUACACUUCACAAGUGGAAGUAAGAAAACGUAGUGGUGGUGCAAGUGGUAGUAAUACAAAUGCCAGCAUAUCUCCAUAUCAAUUUGAUGAUACCGAAGCCGAUGAGGAGAGAGCUCAGGAACGUGAUCGUAAUGAUGAUGCCGAUGACGAAGAGGACAAUCAUCAACAACAGCCUCAGCAAUCGGAUAAAUUGCCCAAAUUUAAAAAUCCCAAAAAUCUACGUAAUAUUUAUUCCAAACCCUCUGGCAGUUUUAUACAACUCUCUUGCCCCUCCAUAGGCAAACCGGAUCCCAAUAUAACCUGGCUCGUUAAUGGCACUAAAAUAUUACUCAAUGGCAGUAAAAUACGCCGCACUAAAUGGUCACUUUUUAUGGAGGAUCUAUUACCCACUGAUUCAGGUUUAUAUACCUGUAAAGUUUGCAAUCCCUAUGGCUGUAUAAAUCACACCACAAGUCUGCAUAUUAGUGAUCGUGUCAAUCACAAACCUAUUAGUCUGAUAUCACCGGCCAAUUUAACUUUAUUUAUAAAUGAAAGUGGCGAAAUGAAUUGUACCUAUCUAUCCGAUCUAUUCAGUUCGAAAAGUUGGACUUUCACCCCUUGCAACUCCACACACGGUUGUUCGCCCAAUAGCACAGUACUCCAAGAUGUACAAGAUGUUUUGAGAUUUGAAAAUGUUACUAAAGAUCAAGAGGGCUGGUACACCUGCAUGGAAAUAAAUGGUUUGGGUAAAUCUCUAAAAAGUGCUUACCUAAGAGUAAAAGAUCCCAGCGAAACUAAGGUUACCAAAGUAAUAAGAUCACAAACUUUAUGGGAAGUGGUGGUGGCCACAGUAAUUAUAUUAAUGUUAUUGUUAUUAGCCAUUUUCAUUUACUAUGUAUGGCGUAAAAUGAAGCAUGAAAAGUUGCUGAAACAGCGCAUCGAAACGGUGCAUCAAUGGACUAAGAAAGUUAUAGUAUACAAACCCGCCAGUGGUGAUUCCUCGGGAUCCAUGGAUGCCAUGAUUAUGCCAGUGGUGAAAAUUGAAAAACAGCGUACUACCGUCUUACAAAGCUCCAACUCAGAGCCAGUGCCUUUUAAUGAAUAUGAAUUUCCUUUGGAUUCUCAUUGGGAAAUACCACGCAACCAGCUGAUACUGGGAGCCACCUUGGGUGAAGGUGCCUUUGGCCGAGUGGUAAUGGCAGAGGUAAAUAAUGCUAUAGUAGCAGUCAAAAUGGUCAAAGAGGGCCACACUGAUGAUGAUAUUGCCAGUUUGGUGCGUGAAAUGGAGGUUAUGAAAAUUAUCGGCAAACACAUUAACAUUAUCAAUCUUUUGGGUUGUUGCUCCCAGAGUGGUCCUCUGUAUGUUAUAGUGGAAUUUGCUCCUCAUGGCAAUCUCAAAGAUUUUUUGAAUAAAAACAGACCUGGCAAGGAAUACGAUAAAGAUGGCAAUCUAACCUCUCCGCAACAUCAUCUUACCGAAAAACAUUUAAUCUCUUUCGCCUUUCAAAUUGCCCGUGGCAUGGAGUAUUUGGCUUCACGCCGUUGUAUACAUCGUGAUUUGGCGGCGCGUAAUGUUCUGGUAUCCGAUGACUAUGUCAUGAAAAUAGCCGAUUUUGGUUUAGCUCGUGACAUACAAGACACCGACUAUUAUCGUAAAAACACCAAUGGUCGUCUGCCCAUCAAAUGGAUGGCUCCUGAAUCUCUGCAAGAGAAAUUCUAUGAUUCUCAAAGUGAUGUCUGGUCCUACGGCAUAUUGCUGUGGGAAAUAAUGACAUUUGGUGCCCAGCCCUAUCCCACCAUUAUGUCAGCUGAGGAGUUAUACAGUUAUCUGAUGUCUGGUCAGCGUAUGGAGAAGCCCGCCAAAUGUUCGCUCAAUAUUUAUAUGUUGAUGCGUCAGUGUUGGCAUUUCGAUGGCACUGCUAGACCCACAUUUACCGAAAUAGUAGAGAAUUUAGAUAAACUACUGCUAACGAAUGAAGAUUAUCUAGAUGUGGCGGUGGCGAAUCUAGAAACACCGCCCUCUUCCAGUGAUGAAGAGGAUUCCGAUGAGGAGUCCUUGCGUUAUCAUUAUAAGUAACGAGAUUAUCGGUAGGUUUAAAGUAUUUAGAAUAAUUUAAGAGUUAAUAUCAUAAACUAUGGUUGUUUGUAUGUAUGUAUAUCGUUAAUUAGUUUGAAGAGUGUAAAUAGUGAAAAUUUGUUAACUAAAAUAUAAUUUAUUGAAUUUAAAAUAUGAACUUAAACUAUGUACUAAUUAACAAUAAUUUUAAAGAGAUUAUCACAAAUAAUUAAUUUUGCAAUUUAUAAUUUUAUUUUAUAUUUUUUUUCAAAUCUGUAAAUAUUUAAUUUUAAUUUUGUCUCAUUAUUAUUUUCCCUUUCAAAAAGUUUAUUUUGUAGUAAAACUUUUCGUAAACCAGCUAAAAAAUCCAAAGAUGUAUAAUUUUAAGUUUAUAACUUUUUUAGUUUUUCCUACUAAACCAAAAAGUCUGUAUAAUAUUUUUCCAAAGAUUUAGUACCAAAAAAUUUAAAAUAGAAAAUAUGAUUAAUUAAUGUAUAAAUAUAAUCUUAAUUAUAAUAAUGUAAAUUAUUAAUUAUAAUAUUUUUAUAAUAUUUAAAUACAAUAAAUUAAAAUAUACUAUUUUAUACUAUAAAUAUUAAAAUAAUGAAAUAUUGUUUAAUUAAUUAACUACUUUGACGGAAUCUAAAAAAGUAGGUGUAUUCACAUUUACCAAUUUUUAGAAAUUAUUUCUUUUUUUGUUUUUUGAUCCGAAAUUAUAUGUCGGUUCACCUUUCAACCAUACAAGUUAAUAGCCUGGAACGUGAACAUUUAAAAUAUAUUCCCAAUUAAAUUCACUCUCUGACCCAACUUGGAUGACAUUCUCUUGAAUUGAUAUGAUUCUCAAAUUAACCUUACAAUAAAUGCGCAAUUAAUGAAUCGGCCUGUCUGCGGUAUUGAACAAAUUCGACAUCUGAACGAUAUACUAUUGCCUCUAGCUGAAUAUCAAAUAAAAUCUCGCUCUACAAGAGCACAGAAAGAGAUACCAUAUUAAAGUACCGGAGGUUUCAUCCUGUAACCAUUGGAAUAAUUUAUUUUAAAAUUAUAAUAAGGUUAUAACAAUGGGCCAAGUAACCUGUGAGUGUUCUCGCAGUUCAGUUCUAGUUUACUUCUAGGUCAGUUCUAGCUCAAUUCUAGUUGAGUUCUACUUCUAUUCCGGUUCAGUUCUAGAUCAAUUUAGUUCUAAUUCAGCUCU